CGCAGCGCUCCGCCUGAAACACACACCUCAACACGCACCGGGAGCAGCGCAGCACGCAGGAGGAGUUCAGACCCUAAAAAGUUCACAGAGGAACAGAAACUGACAGGAGACCAGUGGAGGACACCGCAGCUGCCGGGAUCGAACCUUGGACUUUCACUCUUUCUUGCUCCGGAGUGAUUUUUGAAUCCAUUUUCCUUGUGGAACUCUGUUGACAGACGUCGCUGAGUCAGUGAAUGAUCUCUGCUCACUCUGACAUUUGUUGAUUUUACCCAGAGACUGAGACUUUUCUCUCCCUACGACUUUAUGUCUACAAAGAUGGAGCAGCCUUUCUACCACGACGACUCCUUUCUGUCGGCUUACGGCCACUCAGAAGCAGCCAUGCACGACUAUAAGCUGCUGAAGCAGAAUAUGAAUUUGAACUUGACAGAGUCCUAUCGCAGCCUGAAGAGAGCCGAGGCAGAGCACUACCAGGGGGCGCAUCAGGACAUGGGGUCCCUGAAGCUCGCAUCCCCGGAGCUGGAGAGGCUCAUCAUCCAGAACAGUAACGGUGUGAUCACCACCCCCACGCCCGGCCAGUACUUCUACAACCGCGGCAUCACCGACGAGCAGGAGGGCUUCGCCGAGGGCUUCGUGAAAGCCCUGGACGAGCUGCACCAGAUGAACGAGAUGCCUCCUCCGAACGUGUCCAUCGGAGCCGGUGGAGUAACGUGUUCGGCGGCGGCCUCUAGUGUCUUCGGCUCCGCGCUGCAGCCGGAGCCUCCGAUCUACACGACGCUGAACGCCUACUGCCCGAACACCAGCCUCUCUUCCGCAUCCAGCUACCCCACAGCCACCAUCAGCUACCUGCCGCCGCACCAGCACAGCCACCUGCAGCCCUCGACGCACGGCGUGCACCACUUCCAGCACGCGCUCCCCGGCUCCGGGCUCCAUCCGCAGCGGCUCGUCUCCCUGAAGGAGGAGCCGCAGACGGUGCCGGACCUCCUGAGCAGCGACGGCUCGCCCCCGAUGUCUCCCAUCGACCUGGACACCCAGGAGCGGAUCAAGGCGGAGCGCAAGCGGCUGAGGAACCGGCUGGCGGCCACCAAAUGCCGGCGGCGCAAGCUGGAGCGCAUCGCCCGGCUGGAGGACAAGGUGAAGGGGCUGAAGAACGACAACGCGGGUCUGUCCAACACCGCGUCGGUGCUGCGGGACCAGGUCGCCCAGCUCAAGCAGAAGGUCCUGACGCACGUGAGCAGCGGCUGUCAGCUGAUGCUCACCAGCAAGAUGGAGGCGUUUUGAGCGACAGAGACUAAUAUGAGACUGAGAAGUAGAAACACUGGAGUCACGUCCUGCAUGUGCAGCACUGGAUUACCGGCUGGUGUGUUGUCAGCACCGGCAGCAGCACGGGGCCGGGGUGGGGGGUGUAGACAACUCUGUAGAGGCUAUGUGGGGUGAAGAGACUGAAUGAAAUGGUACUUCCGGAUGCUGGACACCGCUCAAGGGACCAUUCAACCCUAGAAACCAGGGCCGCAUCCAGACCGAGCAGACACUGAGCAACACGGGCCCCACACGGGUUCACUAAUGGUAGAAAAAUGGGAAUGAUAUUUGUACUUUUGCAGCUGAUGUUGUCAAGAAAUGCUGCAUUUAUUCAUUGUGUAAAUUAUUCUGUUUGUUCCGGUUGAUCCAGACAAACUUAACACAUCCAAUGUUUACAAUGUAUUUUUUAUUUGUCUUGUGUAUUUAAGUAAAGUAUCUUCAAAUGAAACUGAA